UACUCGGAUGUGUCAUGGCGGACCGAUGAACAUCGAAGAUACACAGCGUGUGUGUGGCGGCCCGUCAUCUACCGUUUUCUGUGUUUUUCCCACCCGGCAUGGCUGCUCAUAGGCCCAUCGAAUGGGUGUCACAGCUGAUCACACGAUUCGAGGAACAGCUGCCAUCUCGUCUGAGUGGUCAGUCUGGCCAGGCCCAUGCCGAUUUGGAGCGCAGCAAAACCUGCCUGAUCAGCGUCAGCAAGCGUCUGUUCUCCCAGGUCAUCAAUGGGCUGGCCAAGAUACUCAACAAUCUCAACCCAUCCUCCGUGAGACCACUUGGUCAAGAGGAAGCCAAGAUUCUCCAUCAAUCCCAGCUCAUUGUCCUGGACACACUGGAAAAAUGCCUAUCAGCACAACCUAAAGACACAUCUCGCUCCAAUGAGACCAUGCUGGUCAAGUCCCUCCUACCGGAGGUCUGUCAACUUCUUAACGUUCCCGGCGAGCACCCACUGACCGCGCAACUCAAGAUGGCUGCCUCCCAAGUCCUCUUUGCUCUCAGCCUCAACAACUUCAACGCGGUCUUCAGCCGGAUAUAUGCAAGACUUGACGCCCUUGCCAAAAUCACCGAUGAAUCGGGCGACGAGUCAGACAUUGAACUGAUCCAACACAUCAACAUGGAUUGUAGACGAUUGACCAAGCUCUUAACUGAAACAAUUUGCAAGUUUCCCAUGCUGAGAAAGAGUGUGAUGGCAACUCUAGUGGUCAGUCUGGAGAAGGCAAUCUGGAACUGGAUGGACAACUACCCUGAAGAGUUUAUGAUGCUGCACGACACUCGUGAAUCAGAAAUCCAAGACUGCUGCGAGAAGUUGUUUGACAUGGCAGAGAGCCAACCAGAGAUGCAGUCAGCGAAGAGGAAGAGCUCAGUCUGGCUCCUGCAGGUCAUGCUGCUCAUCCUCUGCCCGGCGCUGAUGAAUGACAUCGUCAACACCACCAGCUACCACCCCAACCCCUCCCCGCGACUCCUGCAGAAGAAACAGUUCCUGGACAACCUGCAGAAGUCGCUGUGCUCACCCGGCAGCAACAAGCAACUGACGGAGUGCGCGGUCGUCUCCAGCGUCAAGCUGUGCAAGGCAGCGUCCUACAUCAGCAACCCGCAGAAGUCGGUACUCUGCAAGCUGGUCAACAAGCUCAUGCUCGAUCUCAAGAUGCUUCUCUUCAACCCCAACAAGCCUUUCUCCCGGGGCGCAGGUAACUUCUCGGCGGACAUUGAGCUGAUGGUGGAGUGUGCUGUGGCCUGCUUCAGACUCCGCCCUGACAAGUGUGAACACUUCAACGCCUGUCUGUCGGUCAACGCCCCUCCACAUUUCCACUUGGUGCUAGUACGUGCGUUGCACACCAUCGUCACAAAGUCCAACAUGAAAUGGUGGCCCAAGAUCAGUGUGGUGUAUGACACAAUGCCGGGGCCGCUACGGAUUCUCUUCAGUGAAACUCACUCCAAGGUCACCAGCCAUUGCCAGACGACCAUCAGAAGCAGUCAGAGUUUGACGACACUGAAAAAUGUCUACAAGAAACCAGUCAGAAAGUUCAAGGAGAAAUCCAGCGAGGAGGUGCCCAACACGUUGCUGCUGUGGCUGGUACGAUUAGUCCAUGGAGACCCGAAACUCAUGCUGCAUAAUCCUGACGGGGCCGGCCAUGAGAUUCAGAGCAGCACGAGCAACCUGAUCCGAGGUCUGAUCACCUUGAUGUACAUGUGCAGUACCAUCCCCAACAUUGCGCACGAGGCUAUGAGGGCGCUGUUGACCCUGCACCAACCCGAGAACGUCGAGCUGUGGAACAGGGAGGCUCCGAUCGCGACGUUCUGGGAUAUAAGCUCUCAGAUGCUGUUCUCCGUCUCCCAGAAGCUUGUCUCCUGUCAGAUACUGAAUGGCACCGAGGUCCUCAAAUGGCUGAGUGAGGUCCUGUCGCUGAGAAACUGCUUCCUGAACAAGUACAAAGACCAUGCCACGGUCGACUGUAACAUUCCACGCACCAGAGAAGCUCAGGAUAAACUAGAGUGUGUAUUCUUCAUGAAUCUGUGGAGUUGUGACCAGGAAGCAGUUCUGACUGCUCUCUCCUGCUUUGGUCAGCUCUGUGAGGAAGCUGAGAUAUGCUGCGGCGCCGACGAUUUCACCCUCACCCAGGUGUUGCCCAAUCACAACGUCUACUCAGAUCUGGCCACUGCCGUGGGAAUAGGACCCCAAGAGAGGGCCGCACUGCAGAAGAGGAUUUUUGCUCUCCUCAGGAGAAUUGAAUAUGUGACUGAAGGAAACAUACAGUCCUGGAGAGAGACCUACACCCGCUGGGAAACCAUCACAAAGCAGCUGCUCAGUAAUAAAGGACGGGGGGAGGAUAGCCAGACGCUGGAAGGGCGGGGCAGCAUCCGCAGGCGUAUAUCACACCACACGAUUCCCACACAGGAGCACGAACUGGAGUCAUGCGGGUGUCUCAGUCCCUCGCUUCUGCUCCACCAUUCCAACCCUCUGUCUGUGACCGUUCGUCUUCAGGAGUGGCAGAACAUGACGGGGUUCCUGUGCGCCUUGGGCGGGGUGUGUCUCAAGACCAACAAGAGCCCCAGACAAAGGUAUGAAUCGUCGUAUGAAACGUCUCCAAGGACCUCGCCCAUGUCCAGCAAUGGUCCGUCGUCAGCUGACAAACCAUGUGCAGUCAAUGAAUUCAUUGCAUGUCUACUCAAGCUGUUAGUGUGCAAUAACGAAAGACUCGGACCACAGAUCCGAGAUUCGGUCAAGGAUUUGAUAGGUAGUGAGCUUCACCCAGCACUAUUCCCCCACCUCUUUGAACUUGUCAAGGAACACAUAGAGAAGUUCUUCAGUGCGAAUGGCCAGGUUGUUCAGAGUGAAACCAACACCUUAUUCAUCGAGCACGCCAUCCAGGUCAUCCGGCAAGUCCUGGAUAAUAGCAGCGAGGAAGCCGCUGAGUAUCUGGGUGUGUUUAGCAUCGAGGGGCUCAUGCUGGCCAUCAUCAGAUAUGUACGGCGGUUAGACACUAGUAUAUGCAAUGCCUCUAUGUACGUGGUACGCAUCAAGGUGCUAUUCUGUAAUCUACUCACUGCGAUGAUGAAGCAGCGUGACAUCCUGUCCUUCAGGCAAGAGAUUCGCUUCCGCAACAAGCUGGUGGAUUAUUUGUCAGAUUGGAUCAGUAUUCCCAGAGAGGAAGGAACUCUACAGACACGUGAGUUGGAUGAAGCCAGUAUGGAAGCCAUGGCAGCAUUGCUGGUCUGUCUUCCCUUACAACCUGAAGAAGGUGACGCUGGUGACAUCAUGAAAGCUAAAUCCAACCUCUUCUACAAAUACUUCACCCUGUUCAUGAAGCUCUUGAACGACCUGACGGAAGGGGAAGAAGACAAGGCGACAGAAGGGAGACAACAGGGGGACACACAGACCCAGGCUCACCUCAGGAAAUGCACCAUACAGGCCAUGUCCAACCUACUCAGCGCUAACAUAGACAGCGGACUUACACAUUCCAUUGGGCUAGGCUACCACAAUGACAUCCAGACCAGAGGAGCUUUCAUCGAGGUCCUGACCAAGAUCCUCCAGCAGGGCACAGAGUUUGACACCUUGGCUGAGACGGUUCUGGCCGACAGGUUUGAACGACUGGUCGGCUUGGUAACGAUGCUGGGAGACAAAGGAGAGCUGCCCAUCGCCAUGGCACUAGCCAGUGUCGUCGCGUCCUCACAAAUGGAUGAACUGGCCAGAGUCUUUGUCACACUGUUUGAUGCCAAACAUCUCCUCUAUCAGUUACUCUGGAACAUGUUCUCAAAAGAGGUAGAAUUGGCAGAUUGUAUGCAGACGUUAUUCCGGGGCAACAGCCUAGCCAGUAAGAUCAUGGCAUUCUGCUUCAAGAUGUAUGGAUCCAACUAUCUCCACGCUCAGCUGGAACCGUUGAUCACUGAGCUGAUGUCACCGGAGAGGGAACACAUUUCAUAUGAGGUGGAUCCGGCCAGGAUGAAGGCUGGCGAGAGCCUGGAGGAAAACCGAAAGAAUGUCAUCGAGGCCGCCAAGAAGUUCUUCUCGGCUAUCACACAGUCCACUUCCAAAUUUCCAGCUCAGCUGCGUAGUGUGUGCCAUUGCCUCUUCCAAGUGGUCAUGCAGCGUUUCCCUCAGAAUGCCAUAGGGGCUGUGGGUAGCGCCAUCUUCCUACGAUUCAUCAACCCAGCCAUAGUGUCUCCAUACGAGCAAGGCAUCAUUGACAAGAAGCCCGUGGGCAACUCCUUGCGAGGUCUCAAGCUGGUCUCCAAGAUCAUGCAGAACAUCGCCAACACCGUCAACUUCAAGGAGCAACACAUGGUCAGCUUCAACGACUUCCUGUCGGCCAACUUCAAGGAUGGUAGAAGGUUCUUUGAGGAUAUCGCGUCGGAGGCUCACAUGAACGACGUCGUCAGUCAGAGCAGUCCCUCGUUCACGUCUGACAGCAACGUGGUGGCGCUGCAUCGGUUGCUAUGGAAUCAUCAAGAGAAGAUGGGUGAUUUCCUCUCCAGCAGCAGAGAUCACCGAGCUGUAGGCAGGAGACCGUUUGAUAAGAUGAUCACCCUCCUGGCGUACAUCGGACCUCCGGAACAUCCAAGACUGCUGCUAGAAUCACAAUGGGGCAGCAUGGACUUCACCAGCAGCAACUUUGAGGAGUUGAUGGCGAGACGCAACAUCCACAACGAGGAAGACUUCAAGAGACUGAAGAGCCUGAACAUCUUCUAUCAGGAGGGCACGUCAAGAUGCGGUCAUCCAGUCUUCUAUUACAUUGCUCGCAAAUACAAAUGUGGACAGAUUGACAUCGACCAGCUCAUCUACCACGUCCGACUGACCCUCAAACCGUUCUACCAGCGACCCUUCGAGGUCAUCUUGGACUGCACCAACUUUGGUCCGGACAACCGCUUCCGCCAGCAGCACCUGCAGCACUGGCUGCUGUACGCUGAGCACAUGUUUGAGAACCUACACAUGGUGUACCUCUACAACGCUAACUCUUGGAUGAGGGACUACAUCAAGCGCAACGAGAGGAUACUCACUCCGUUCAAGGGUACACGGAAGCUUGUCUUCAUCGAGUCAAUCAGCAAGCUGUCAGAGUUCAUCGAACCAGAGCAGCAGCACCUGCCAAAGUCCACGCUGGCGUUUGACGAGGAUCUUAAGGUCUUCAGCAAUGCGCUCAAGCUGUCUGAGACGCACAAAGACACUAAGGUGUCUAUGAAGGUUGGUCAGUUUGCCGUGCAGGUGACGUUUGUGGAUAAGACCAAGGUGCUAGGAAUGCCGGUGCUACUCAACGACAUCUACCAUGCUUCUGAAAUAGAUGAGGUCACAUUGGUUGACGAGAACACCUUCGCCAUCACACUUCAAGAUGGACGGACGCUGUCGUUCAUGCAUCAAGAAUCAGAAGACGUGACGAAGGCCAUUCACCACAUCAAGACAAGAUGGAAACGAUCAAGACCUGAUUCUGAGACAGUUCACCCCAAGAUCAGACCCAAGGAUGUUCCCGGUACUUUGCUCAAUAUGGCAUUACUCAAUCUGGGAAGCAACGACCCAUGUCUGCGAUCGGCGGCUUACAACCUCCUGUGCGCCCUGACUACGACCUUUAACCUCAAGAUCGAGGGUCAGCUGUUGGAGACAUCAGGGCUCUGCAUCCCGGCCAAUAACACCAUCUUCAUUGUCUCCAUCAGUCAAACGCUGGCUGCUAAUGAACCACACCUUACCCUGGAGUUCCUUGAGGAGUGCAUCACCGGUUUCAGCAAGAUCAGCAUUGAGCUCAAGCAUCUGUGUCUGGAGUACAUGACCCCAUGGCUACCGAACCUGACAAGGUUCUGCAAGCGAUCAGAUGAAGUGAAGCGAUACAAGCUCUCAGUGGUCCUCGACAAGCUCAUCAACAUGACCAUCGAUGAGAAGCAGAUGUACCCAUCCAUACAGGCCAAGGUCUGGGGGAACAUCGGCCAGGUGGAAGACCUGAUUGACUGCGUACUGGAUAGCUUCAUCAAGGUGACUGUGCAGUUACAGACGGGAUUGACCGGCGGUGGUCAGCCGCGGACUGAGGUCAUGGCAGAUACAGCCGUUGCUCUAGCAUCAGCCAAUGUCAAACUAGUCUCUGCUAAAGUCAUUGAUAGACUCUGCAAGAUUCUAGAGAAGACGUGUCUGUCCCCCACACCCACCUUAGAGAAGCACCUGAUGUGGGAUGACAUCGUCAUCUUGACCAGAUAUCUCCUCAUGCUGUCGUUCAAUAAUUGCCUUGAUGUUGCCAAUAACUUGCCUGCCUUGUUCCACAUCAUCCCUCUGCUUGUCUCCACGGGACCCCUACCUCUACGCGCCUCCAUCCAUGGACUGGUCAUCAAUAUACUACAUUCCCUCAGAACGUGCUCACAACUCAAAUUCAGUGAAGAGACAAAGAAGGUUCUAGACCUGGGCCUGACUGAGUUCUCCCUGCCCAAGUUCUACGGUAUGUUUGGCAUCAGUAAGGUCAAGUCGGCGGCCGUCACGGCGUUCAGGUCCAGCUACCGAGAGCGACCGCUGAGCCAGAGCGUGGAAGUCAUGCCGCUCAGCUCCCUGGAGACGGUCACGGACGCCCUGCUGGAGAUCAUGGAGGCCUGCAUGCGGGAUAUCCCGGAGUGCCAAUGGCUGGCUGAAUGGAACAAGAAAACCAGGGCUUUUGCGUUUACCGAGAACCCAGCCCUGCAGCCCCGGGCCAUGGUCGUCUUUGGCUGCAUCAGUAAGCAGGCCGACCCAGCCCAGAUCAAGUAUCUCCUGCACAUGCUAGCGGUGGCCGUGCAUGCCGUCAAGGACUGGGAACCGCCUCAGCUGCCCAGCAGUCUACUGCUGAUUGAGUCCAUCGUGAUUGCGUUGACCAGACUACAGCCUUUGCUGCGGAAAAGCUCUCCACUUCACAAGCUCCUGUUCUGGGUGGCCAUUGCUGUGCUGCAGCUGGAUGAAGUGUCGCUGUACGCUGCCGGCUUAGCGUUAUUGGAGCAGAACCUCCACACGUUGGACGAGCAAAGUGUAUUCAAUGAAGUGAGUCCAGAGGAAGUCCUGAUGGAGGUUCGUCGUCCGUUGGAGGAGUGGCAUUUCAAGCAGAUGGACCACGCCGUGGGACUCAGCUUCAAAUUCAACUUCAACUUUGCCCUGGUGGGGCACCUUCUCAAAGGUUUUCGGCAUCCCAGCAACACCACUGUCUCGAGGACCAUCCGCAUACUGAACAUGAUGUUGGAGAUCGUCUCCAAACACAGAAAUGUAGAUAUGUUUGACGUCAACGUGGAGAGUGUCUCCUAUCUCGCCGCCCUCUUGCCUUUCUCAGAGGAGGUGCGUAGUCGCUGCAGCAUCCGCCGCGGCUGCCAGCACCUGACCGAGAUGGACCUAGAGCAGACGGUCUUUGUCAACGCGGUCCACCAGGCGCAGACACAGGCCCAGGCUCAGACCCAGACGCCCAAGUCUCCCAGUAAGAAGGCCCGGUCACCUCAGAAGACGGCCGUGGCCAGCAUUGCCGCCGCCAGCGCCAUCAAGACCCAGCGUAGCUUGGACUCGGCGCUCCAACGCCAGCCCACCUACUGCAAUCCGGACAAGAUGCAGCUCAAGCCCUACAAGAGCCUGGAUCUGUCGCACGGGGCGCUCUCCAUGCCUUCUACCCCAUCCACUUCCUCCUCAACAACCUCAGCAUCGCGGAGAGCUGCAGAAGGAACUGACACUUCUUCCGGCGAUAGAAGGUCCAGGAUGGAACGCAAGACGAGUAGCGGAAACAUCGUCGUGCCUCGGGCGAGGAAAGAACGCAAAGUGUCAACGCCUUCGGAGAACGUGUUACUGGAUGAGGAGGUUUUAACGGACCCAUUGAUUCAAGCAUUGUUGCUAACAGUACUGGCCACAUUGGUGCGUAAUUUAAACGAAGCUGAAGCGGGAAUCUUAUAUGAAUACCUGGCAGAGGCCAGCCAAGUAUUCCCACAAGUGUUUCCUAUUGUGCACGUGUUGUUAGACUCCAAGAUCGUCAGCAUUCUGAAGAGCUGCCACAACCAAACCACGCUAAGCGCGGUGCAGAGCAUCGUCCAGAACACCUUAGCGAGCGAGGAAAUGGCCCAGCAGCACACCACCUACCUGCAAGGUAUUGGCUUCGGUGGUCUCUGGAGGUUCUCCAGUCAAUUCUCACAGGUAGGCGUCGACAAAAAUGUGAAGGCUCAAAUCCGAGCCAAUGCCGAGCUCUUUGUCAAGCUGAUCAGCGCCCUCAUCGGCCAGACGCAGCAAGUCAUGGAGGGCGAUGCCAGCAGCAACAACUUGAGCCUGCACCACUCCCUGCUGACCACCUCCAACCUGUCCAGCUCCAUGUCCUCCCUCAGCGUGACCACUGGCGGCACGCAAGCCGACGGCGAGUCUUGCGAGUCCCUACUGAGCGUGCCCAGCGUGGCGGGCCGGCUGCGCCACAGCUCGGCCAAUCAGGUGCCAAAGAACCGGAGCAUGGGCAGCCUGAAGCGCACCAACUCCAAGAACUCCAACGGGAGGUAACACAGGCCGUGGCGUUCGGACGCGGUGCGCGGGAUGUGUCGCGCGAGCCUCCAACUGAGCAUGCCCAUUGGAGCUCGGCCAAUCAGGUGCUAAUGGAAGCAACGCCUGUGGAGCCUCAACUGCACCAACUCAAAACAACUCCAAUAGGAGGUAACAAGGCGUGGCAUAUGGGCGUGGCACAUGGGUGUGUCUAAGUCAAGACUAUCGGGUGCUUUUAUCGUAAUAUAGAUCAGCAAGAUACAAAAAAAAACUGUAUCUUACAAUCUGAAAUGAGAGGGUUGUAGCAUCCUUGUAUUUACAAAAAAAGAGGAUGUGUUUAUAGUGUACAAUUUAUUUGGGAAUCGAGACAAAUGUAUGUUAAGUAAUUUCUUUUUUGUUGAUGAAGAAACAAGCAGUGAAGUCUUUGUAAGAAGUUCCAGGAUUGUGUUCUGCCCUUCACCGAAGUGAGCGCUGCAUGCUGGGUGCUCUUCCAAAGCAUGAGAAAAUAAUAAAAUGGAAAAAAGUCGCUAGCUUUUACUUGUUGGCGCUCAAAGUUUUAAGGAUGUCGGCCAUCCUCGUCAUUGUUCAUUAACUUGGUAAACUUCACUCAGUCUCCUUUCAAGUAUCACACCAAAACAGGAAAACUAAGAAAACUGUCAAGUCCUUUCAAGAAGAGGUCUGGACCCACUUUCAUGACUCCGCUAAGCACAGAAUUCCGUGGUUACGGUCGCCAUUCUGUGCUUCUAUACUAAAUUCGCUUCAAACUUUGCAGCCUAAUAAUCAAAGACACUGUGAGAUGCUUUCAUCCUUACAUUUUUACUUUUUGCAUCGGACAAAAAUGUGCCGCACGAAAGAUAAAAAGUUGGCAUAGACACGGAACUUAUUAAUUUUUUUACGUGUUUCAUGUUGCGCUUUUCCUUUCAUGAACGGUUUCAGUCACGUGCAGUGCUAAACAAAACGGUUGUUUGGGGGCUGCAAUGCCGAAUGGUCUUGUUUAUAAAUACUUUCACAGCAAAUUGUGUAUUUUUUUCUGUUUAAGCGAGCACUUUACUUUGUUUUGUUUGGCCUGGAACAUGUGAAAUACAUACAUGACGUUGAGAUGGAACACUUGACCUGUGACUUAACACACAGUUGUUUUACCAUUUGUAUAUACGUAUUACGGGGGAUGACAGAUGACGACGUUGGAAAAUUUGUAUUGUAAAAUGUAGAAAGGGACGUGUAUUUUGUCCGUUUUUAAUAUAUUAUGACGUACAGUGAUUGCCCCAUUUGCCAUUGACUGUGUGAAAUGCCUGACUUCUAAAUGUGUCUGUUAGUGUGUCUGUGGUACUGAAAGUGCAAUAUAUAUAUCAAUGAAACUUGUAAAUUGUUGAAUAGAAUUAGACCCUGUAUAGGCUGUUCUGACUGGUUUUUUAUCGGACACAGAGCCUUUUCUUUUUAUUUGUUUUCUUCAUACUAGUAGUUCAACAUUUUGGCUGUUAACAGAUUUUUUGUUAAAACCAGGAGCAAGUUUGGGUGCAAACUAUAGUUAACCAAAGUUGGACUACCUAUUAGCUCGAACAGAGGAUAGUUGAACUACUCUAGUCGACUAUUUGGAACCGGAGUAUGGGACACAGUUGCUUCACUGGUUACCAAUAGCCGCGUGCAUCAUAAAGCACAACGGGGAGCCAGGACUAUUGACCAUCGUUUGACUAGAGGCGUUCGCGCGGUGAUAUUAGUGCGCAGAUGUAAAUUACAUCAUGAGUCAACCACUAGUGGACUAAUGGUCCUCACCCAAACGUGCUCAAGUAUUACUGCCCCUUUUCAAAUUACCGCGUUUCGCAGCGUUCCUAAAUUGGCCAGCGCUUCUCGGUCAGAGUUAGGCAACAUGAACCUUACGGUCCAAUGACUUUUGCGCAACAGUGGGAUUUCCGUUAGUCCAAGACUGACAAAAAGUCCCAUUGCGUAAAAUUCAUUUGACCCGAAAGUUCACCAGAAAGUUCCCACAACUUGCAUUCCAUUCAGCCCUGAACAAUGUCAAAUUCAUCACUCUUAUUUCAUCGGCCUGUUUUUUUUGUUUGUUUUUCCUUUUUCCCCUGGAAAUUAAUAUAUGUCAAAGUAUGCCAUUUUUUGGAGGAGCCGCCAUAAGGAAAAUCUUUGUGUAUGAGGCUCAUUAGUUGACAUGCCAUAUCUCUGUAGCCGUAACAAACACAGAUAACAGAUACGAUUUUUCUUUUGCUUUUCUUUUUAUUUAGAUGUAUCUACAACUCUCAGUGUACAUGUAAAUGCUUCUUACAACUGUGUACAUGUAAAAAAAAACACAACUAAGUAGGUCCAGAAUUUGUCCCAUAUUCGUGGUGUGUUAUAUGUCAGUAGACGUUGCGCCAAGCCAGUGUAAAUAACAAAAAAAGUCUUUAGCUCUUUGUACAUGUUUGUAUCUAUGUAUAAUCUUAAUGUCUAUACGUGUAUAUUGGGUGUAAUAACAUUUGGCUUCUAUCUAUGUAUUGUAUGAGAUCAUGCGUUUUGUGUCUGGGGACACAAGAAACAGUUUGCCUAUAGCAGGGUGUUAAUAAUAUCCCGACAGUAUGGCGUUACCCUCAGAUUAAUUACAGGACGACUUGGCUAGUUGUAUUUUUGAAGUUCUAAAAAGCUCCACUUUUCAAAAAACAAAACAAAAAUUAAUAAUCUAGUCUUCUUCGAGUCAAUGCCCAAAUAAAUAACCCCUACUGUUCAGGCAUUUUCCACAGGAACCGUUCCCAAAUCUGCCAAAUCCUAACUCCCAUGUAACAUAUUAGUGGCUUUACUGUGUAGUCCUGUUUCCAACAAAAUCAGACAGAAGCAGGUUUUGGAUUUUGGAGGAAUUGGGGUGAAGUAAAAAAAAAAACGCUUUGGAAGAAUUGAAACCUCUUUGAAGCGAUUCAUGCCGAUUUGAAUUUUACUGCAGUCAUAUCUGUCCUGUCAUAACUUCAAUGUGGAACUUCAUGGGGCUGGUAAGCGCACACUAAAUUGAGCUAAGCAAAAUUGGUUACUGGUAAAAUGGUACUGCGUGCUUCUGCCCAGUACAUGCAUUGCUAGAAACAAUGUGACUGUUUAGAGCUUUGUUAAUUUUUGCUCGGUGUAACAGACAGCAUUGGUUGUGUGAAUAACCCUGCCGACAAACGAAAUGGUGAAUUUUUAAUGGUGAAGUCUUCAUACAAGUACUGCACAGUGAGAUUCAACAGGAAAGUCCACAUUUUCACUCGGAAAAGUGAGUGAUAUAAUCAACAUGAAGAGUGAAGUACGUUCUUUCUGCUGUGUGUAAUCUAAUAAUAUUUAGUGACUAAUGUCCUCGGGAUCUGGUUAAUGGGUUUCUUUUGCAAAAUCCUCAGUCAGCCUUUAAACGUGUAAUUGUUGUAUGACUUUGGAUGGUCAUGUAAUAACUGUUGUAGUGGAAGUAUUAUAGUCAGGCAAAGGAAUUACUGGAUGCAGAACAUGUAACUGAAAUGAGUAGCGAUGUGGGGGCUGCCAUCUUUGCCCACGGUCAAAUAUUGUAACGAGAGCAUUUUUUCGGGUAGACUUAUUAACAAACCAUAAGUCUAAGGAUCAUAUGUUCACGUGUGCACAGCCGCCCUCUGCGCAAAGAAGAUUUAUGCGACCCGCACGCCAGCUAAUCGGAGCCGACUUUAGAAUUUGUGACGUCAUUCCAUGCAGAAAUGUGAACCAAGCUGUUGAUUGGUCAAUUAGCUGCCACGUUUUUGUUAUAUAUAACAACGGCUUACCGAAGACCGGAUAGCGCUCGCUGAAUGGUCAGAAUCUCCAGGUCAAGACGCGGUGUUUUGCAUAAUUAAUCGAUGUAUCUGCACGCAUAUCACAGCCGCUUGUAAUCAAGCGGAUAUUCCACACACUACCCCACAUACAGUGCUAUGCGGCAAAUGGAUAUUUAACGGCAAAGAUGGUUGCCAAGGAAAUGGCUGUUGAUUGACGCGCGUACAAGGUUCUGCAUCCCCAUUGGUUUGUUUGGCGGACACGCCCCUUUCCCAAACAGCGUAACUUUAAGUUUUCUUUUCCAAGGAUGGAUGUGAUGUUCAUGUUGUGUUCAAAUGUAGCAUUGUGAUUGGGUGUUUUUGUUAUCUGAGGCACAGCUGUAGUCAUUUGUAUCAUUAAAAAAAAAUACCAACCAAUUAUCAACCUGGACUGACGCGAGAAGAGAUCGACAAGUGACGGCAUAAAUUGAAGACGAGACUGGUACAUUUACACGUGCGGAACGAAUUGAUUGUCAUUAUACCCCCAUGAAUUCGAAAUCAUUGUACUUAUAUUAUGCACCAUAUUGUAUUUUUGUAAAAGAACUCUGGUUGACUAUAAAUAGCAUUUAAUGAGCUUAAAUAAAGGAAAAAUAUUAUACGAGAAA